UAGGCUAUCAGCUUGUCUUCCGAUAUUGUAGCUGAGACGCACCGGCUCCAACAACAUUACGGUGCUGUACUGAGUCAUAACUCCCUCCAUAAAUUUAAGACAAAGAGCUGUUUCUAAUUGAAGGACCUGAAACAUAGAUCUUCAAUAAACUAAUUGAAGAUGAUUAAGCUCUUUUCUCUGAAGCAGCAGAAGAAAGACGAGGAAUCUGCUGGAGGAAACAGAACAGGAGCUGGGGGUAAAAAAGCAAGCGCGGCCCAGCUUCGAAUACAGAAAGACAUCAAUGAGCUGAACCUCCCAAAGACGUGCGAGAUCGUCUUCCCCGACCAAGAUGAUCUGCUCAACUUCAAACUCAUCAUCUCACCAGACGAGGGCUUUUACAAAGGGGGAAAGUUUGUCUUCAGCUUUAAGGUAGGACAGGGCUACCCUCAUGACCCCCCGAAGGUCAAGUGUGAGACAAUGGUGUACCACCCAAACAUUGACCUGGAGGGCAAUGUCUGCCUAAAUAUCUUGAGAGAGGACUGGAAGCCUGUGUUGACAGUAAACUCCAUCAUAUAUGGACUACAGUAUCUAUUUCUAGAGCCAAAUCCAGAGGACCCCUUGAACAAAGAGGCGGCGGAGGUCCUGCAGACAAACCGACGGCUCUUUGAGCAGAAUGUCCAGCGGUCGCUGCGGGGGGGCUAUGUUGGCGCUACGUAUUUUGAGCGGUGUCUCAAAUAGCUCCUUGCCCAUGUCGCUUUUCUUUUUUUUUUUUUUUUCCCCCCAAGACGCAUUACCGUUUACACACGCUGAGACACUGACUGAUACACAAACUUGAGCAGUCGGGGAGGGAGGGGGUCGAUGGAGCCGGGAGGGGAAAGUAUUGGGGGGGUGGGGUUCACUCGGGGGAAGGGAGGGGGUCCAAAGGUAAAGAUGACAGGUUUGGAUGGUCAGUGAAUGUCGCUCAGAGAAUCGGUAUAUUGCCACUAAGCUGAUGCCCACAGUUGUUAUUUUGCGGAGAUAGACAUGCCAACUGAUCCUCCCACUCGCGGACAAGGACAAAAACACACAACCGAGAUACGCACUUAGACACCUCCCUUUUACUAAAGGAUCGCGUUGUAUGUUUUGAACACUGCGAGGCCUCUCAAUUACGAGGGCUCUGAACCUGACGGAUCGCACCCAUGCUUGGUGGCGAAACUUAUCAUAUAUACACACACGCCUCAACAACAUGCCUACUGACACGCAAGGCAUAUGCUAUCACAUGCGCACACGUGAUUCAGACAGGUACUUAUACCAACCCAGAUGCAUAAUACAGGCCAUAGAUACACUGGCAGAGGACUGACUGAUUUGACAGGACUGACACAGACAUAGAUUGACAGGAUCAGUAAUGCAGGCAGGGCUGUUGUGGGAUUGGGAGAUCUUUUUAGUUUUGUUAUGGUUUUCCGGGUGGGGUGGGCGAUAGAUUUCAUUGGGAGGGGGGGUGGAGGCUUACAAUGUUACAAUUCUAUUGUGUAUAUUGAAAUCCCAGCUGUUCACAAUGACUGCAAUAUGAAUUAUGUUAAAUAAAAUAUGAACUUGAAUGAUAAUUAUUGUAACGUCUAUACAAACUACAACUUAUGUCAAUGGGGCUUUAUUGAAUUAAAGGUUUAUUUUAUAACCAAACUCUACCCUGAGUUAUACAGCCAAUAGAACAUUUAGUUGUACUUUAUGAAUUCAUCAAGAUGCUUUCAGUUUGGCUGUGUUCAGAAAUGUUGAGGCCAUAAUGUUAUUGGUGAUUUAAUAAUCUCAGGCUGCCAGUGGUGAUUAAGUUUAUUGAAAUUAAUUAACCCUUUCAAAUGAA